UUUACACAAAGUCGACUAAUCGAUUAGUCGACUUUGGAAUCCCUAGCUCAGCGUUGGCGGUCAUGAACUUAAAUAAGGAAUCAGUGAAAUAGUUGAAUUAUUCCCGUACUUCCGUUAAAUAUUUGUUUGCGUAUAAAUGCCGUCGGUUAAUGUGCAGUUAAAUUUAAACAUUGGAGUGGACGUCUUGACGGCUGGAUCAAUGGUUGAAGUUGUGAACGCAAUUUUGGAGUCGCUGCUAUAUCAGCGAAAUCAAAUACCAUUUGUUUAUCAAACGUACAGAUACUAUGUAAAUAAAUGGAAGGAGAAUGAUUUCAAACAAGCUGAGUGCGCCGAUCCUAAUUUUCAAGUGCAGCGUCAGAGGAGUAAUGCUAAAAACACCAAGGAUUCUAUUUGUGCAAUGAGACGGGUAAUAGACGAGGCUUUUAAGUGGAAACUGGUAAAAACUUUACGUUUUUUAUUUGGUGGUACUGUUUUUACACCAAAGGAGUGCUAUACUAUUCAUAUUCCCACUGAUGACAUAUUAAGAAAUCACUACUCGGAGAAUCAUAGGAUACCUUUAUCGAAAUUAAAUGGUACUCUUCUGUCUCUUCUUACACAUGAAGAUCUAUAUUCAAUUUUCUCACACAAUCUUAGUACUACCAACAUGUAUCUGGAAUUUGAGUUAAUGGAUUACCCUGCAGUACUGCUUCCUAACUCAUCUCCUUCGCCAAGAUGUAAAAUUUUUCCCAAAGACUUUCUAGCUCCACCACCAAGCUGUAAAGAAGUCCAUAUACACAUACACCAUAAAAGAAAUAAUGAUAUUGAUUACACGCGUCUAAAAUGCUGCAAAGAACUAAACGUUUUUGAAGAUUUAGUAAAGCUUAAUUUAGGUGAAAAUGAUUUGCGUGGCACCGAUCUCAAGGAUAAUUCGUUAUUAAUACUGGAAGAAAGUAAUUCUGAAUGGUGGGAAUCAGAAAUUGUGGUGCGGGGAUUUAAGGAAAAGACAACAACAGGUUUCGACAUGUGGUCAUAGCGCAGCAUUUUGGAAGGUUUUUAGCUGUACUCAGCCCUCUCCCCUACUCCGUUUAAUUUUUCCCAAUAAUCAUUUUAUAUUAUAGUCUCAAGUAAAAUAUUUAAUUAUAUUAAA